UAGUGCCACAAUUGAGCUGCCUUAAACAUGUCUAGUAACUGUUGGUCAAACGGAAUGCCUGAAAUAGGAAUCAUCGGCGCUGGUAUAUCGGGCCUGUGUGCUGCCGUUCAAUUACAGCAAAAGUUGAAAAUCACGUCGUUUACGAUAUUCGAGAAAAAUGCUGACGUUGGUGGAACAUGGUUGAACAAUAUGUAUCCAGGAUGUGAAGUUGACGUUCCCGGACAUUUCUACAGUUACUCUUUCGAACCAAAUCCAAAUUGGUCAGUCAAUUACCCACCCCAGUCCGAAAUACUGGAGUAUAUAAAUGGAGUCGCAAGAAAGUACAACAUCUACGAGCACAUAAAGUUUCAGCGCGAAGUUAAAACGCUUACUUGGAAUGGCAGUCUUAAGAAAUGGAUUGUUCGAUAUGGUACCAUCUCAAACAGUGAUGACGAGACCCAGACGUUCGAUAUAAUAGUCAUAGCAUCAGGAGGCCUACGUUGUCCACACAUUCCGAACGAACUGUUAGCUUUUACUGGACCUGUAAUGCACACAGCCGAGUGGAAUGAUCAAAUCGAAUUGAAAAAGAAAAAAGUCGCUGUGAUUGGCAGUGGAGCGUCGGCUAUUCAGGUUAUUCCAAACAUCGUCAAUGAUGUUCAAACGUUACAUUGCUACCAACGGAGUCCAGCAUAUGUUUUUCCUAGAUUUCAAUUUACUUUCCCAAACUUCCUGGUAAUUUUAUUCCAUUACAUUCCCGUCCUAACGUGGCUGUAUCGAUGCUUGCUUUUUAUACUGUUUGAGCUAUUCCAUCAAGCAUUUUGUUAUGGAACUUUGUGGAACGAAUUCAUACAUACAUUGGCGACAAAGUAUCGUCAAAGUGAAUUGAAGGGGUACGAACAGUUGUCAAACGAUCUGACCCCCAAAUACGGUUUCGGAUGCAAACGAGCGCUCAUAUCUUCUCAGUACUAUGCUACAAUGACAAGACCCAACGUUCGUCUACAUUCGAGUCACAUCGACAAAAUUGUUGGUCGGACGAUCUUCACAAAAGAUGGAACGAAAGAGGAAGUCGAUGUUCUGAUACUGGCCACAGGCUUCAACGUUCAACAUUACUACAGCCCAAUUCAAAUAUUCGGAAAAGAUGGUCAGGAUGUUGUGAAAACUUGGGUCGAUGCAGAGCCCCGAAGUUACUGUGGAAUCAUAUCCAGUUCUGCGCCAAACCUCUUCGCACUUCUCGGGCCCAAUACGGGAAUCAUUCACAACUCCGCUCUUUUCAUGGUGGAGUGUCAGGUUGAUUUUAUAAUAAAUGCCAUCUGUGAAAUGAGGCGGCGAAACGCUACAGUGAUCAAUUUGAAAGUCGAGGCUGAAGAUGAGUUCAUGGAUAAGUUCAAAGGUUAUAUGAAGAACAAGGCGUGGUACAAGGAAAAUUGUGGUUCGUGGUUCGCUAACUCAAGAGGUGUGAGAACCGCUCUUUGGAGUGACAAUUGUAUCAACUAUUGGAGGCAGACUAGAACCACCGCAUGGUCCAAAUUUAAAAUUGAAUGAAAAAAAAAUUGCCGGCUGGUGGCUAGAUAUGACCAAUUGCUCCAAAUUUAAAAAAAAAAUUGUUUAAUUUGUAAUAAAAGAAAUGUUAUGGCUAUGGACAUCAUACA